AAGGAUUUGCAUAUGAAAGGAUAUGCCAAAUAUAUUUCAUGAAUAAUAGGACAAAUAGGCGUUUGUUCAAAGUGGUAAACCAACUAACUGUCUUUAUUGUUGUUUUAUCGGAUGAGCUGGCAAAAUUUUAUCGACGAGAGUUUAUUAGGUACAAGCCAGGUGGCAAGAGCUUCGAUUCAUGGUUUGGACGGCAAAAGAUAUGCCUCAAGUGCGGGAUUUGUGGUUAGUAUAUUCUUAGGUGUUUAUUCUAGGUUUCGUAAACAUUCUUGUGUUCCUAAAUUAUAUGGGAGUGAGGUUCCCAUUACUUUUAUUUGCGGAAAUAUUAUGAUUUCCCUUUUUAGAAGACUAUAAAUAAAACAUCACAAUCGAUUAUAUUCAAUUAAUUUGUCGUUUAUCGCUCGCGCUCUGUAGCAAGGUGUUGAUGAAGCGCUUUGUGUGUCGUGUGCUGAACUUUGUUUAUAGAGUCCUUUGUAACGAUAAUAUAAAUGGAACUAUCUGAAUAAAAUUAAGAAUCCGUAUGAAAAAAAGGACAAAAUCUGAAUUCUGUGAGGCAAAAGAAAAAUCAAAGUCGGUCUAGUUUCAUUCGGAAUAGACCUAUUCGGCUAUAAACGCAAUGUUGUACCCAAUUCAAACCCUUUGGGAAUAAAACGUUUUGUUUCAGGAAUUUCCAUAUCAUUUAAAUGUGAAUGCCACAUUAUAAUGCAAAUACAAGACACAAAGAAUCUUAUACCCGGGAGAUUUGAAUUGGGUACAACAUUGAGUUAGCCGAAUAGGUCUAUAUAAUGGAACAGGCAUUGUUGAAAAUUUUUUCUUUCUUUGUAAUCUUGACUACCAAGUUCACAGUGCCACUAAAAUAUAAUUUCACGCAAGCAGCAAAACGCAAUAAUUGAUUUAACGAAUCGGGAUCGGUGUGUUUUAGUGUUCUACGCUGCAGAUGUAUGCUCAUGUAACCCGGGCUGUGUGUGCUGCAUGCUAUCGCUGAUCCACCUCUUAAUGGACGUCCAACUGAACUAACACCUUAAAUAGAUUUUAAUUUUCUCUAGUAAAAAGAUGGACAUGCGAAAUAUAUAACUACAAAUAUGUGUCUUGUUGAAUUUAGACGUAGACAAAAUGUAUAGAAAAUGUAAGACAUCAAUAAUUUGAUGUCAUAUAUUUUGUCUACGUCAAUUUUUUGAGCAGAUGUACUGGGCUUGUGGAUAUGUGCAUCUGAGCUUAUAUUCUCAAAUAUUUGAUGGUCUUGAAAUGAUGUGUGUGACUGUUUGUGAAAUAUGAGCAACAAGGGCCUAUUCACUUACUCGGAUGAAACAAACAAGGAAUGUUUUAAUCAGAGAAGCGAACAUCUACUUUGCUGUACUCCUCUGCAAAAAUAAAAUAAUUUGGCCUUUCAGCCAGCAUGCAACAACAACAACACAACAACAACACUUUAUUCACAUUUCCAUUACAGGGUUUGUCAAACUUAUUGAAUAAUUAGUAACUUAACACGUAGAAUAUUCAAUUACAAUUUAAACUAAAUAUUAUUACAUAGAAGGAAAUGCCUAGCGGCUAGAUAACCGUAAGGUUUUCGAGCUAGCAACUAGUUCUUUGAAAGUAGUGUCGAAUGUACAGGACAUCACAAUAACUAGACAUACAAAACAUCUUAAGACACACACCAUAAAAAAAAAAAAAGAAAGCACAUAGAUGGCAAAAAAAAGAAGAGAAAACAGUCAUCAUAGUACAUGACGAUAUGAUUAAAAUAAAAUAAUUUCAGUAAGUUAAUUGUUCGCCAACAAGUAUUCUUUUAAUGUUUUAGGAAAGUUAUAAGUUGAAAGGUCUUUUAUAUGGGUAGGGAGCUGUUGCCACAAUUAAAUCGCCAUAGCCGCUGUUGUUUGCUUUCCAAUAUUGGUCCUGGAACGUGGUUUGUAGAAGUUACUUUUUGAAGCAUAUCUCGAUUAUAUGUAUGGACUUCACUUGCAUAGCGAAAAUGCUGAUUAAAGAUAUUUGGUAAUUUUUUAGAAUGCCACUGAUGAGUGAAGUUAAGAAGCUGUAGUUUAUAGAUAUUUGUAACAGUAAGUAAAUCCAAUAAAUUAAGUAAUGGUAAUGCACUGUCUGUAUCUGGUCCAAACAAGGUGGCAAAAGAACAUAACGCGGAUAACAUGAUUUUGUUUUGUUUGGAUUUUUUUAAUUUGAGUAGUAAAUGCACUGCCCCAGGAGGUUAUCGCAUAAGAUAUAUAAGGAUAGAUCAGGUUAUAGUAUAGUUGUUUAAGUUGUAAAAGGGAGGUGCAGUGUCUGAGUUUGCCAACAAUUCCUGUGUUUCUAGAAAUUCGAGUACAUAAAUAAGACACCUGAUGUUUCCAUGAUAGCGUGUCAUCUAUAAGUACGCCCAAAUAUUUUAUGUAAGUUCUCUUUUCUAAGCCAAUUGAAUAUUGAGAAGCCUCUUGUGUUAAAUUUUUGAAAGCACGUGCCAGAUUGCUUGAUUGUGUAGUAUUUUGACUCUAUCUUUAAAUUUCCUAAGAUAUUCAAGAACUGAUCGUUUUUGUCAGGGCUUUCAAGAACGUUCUCAAAUAAAUCUCUUUCUUCAAGCGUAAGAACAGUAUCGUACACCCAUGAUCCCACAGCUUUCGCGAAUUCUCGCCUGUCUGUUAAGCCAUAAAAUGGCAGUUCCGAUAAAUAAUUCACAGUCGUGUCAAGUGAUUAUAAUUAAAUAACUUGAACAGUUCCAACUGAAUGACUUACCAGGAUCGGUACUAGAAACAGCAAAAUUUGGGCAUAUGCACCUACUAAAUAUUAGAAAAAAAUAGACUUCACUUAUCCAAGAGGAAAUUUACUUUUGAAGUCAGCGAACUCGUCUGCGUAGUUGAAUGCUUUUUGACUGACAAAUACUUAUAGUGCUUUAUGAAUCUCUAUAUAAUUGCCUGGCCCUUCCUUGCUUUUCUAAUAAUGAUGCAUAAUUAUUAUCAAGUCAAUGAGGCACACUCAGUGAGGAUAUUUUCACUGUAACAUUUUAAAAUAUACCGGUACACCUGCACAGUGGGAAGCAAACUUUCUCUCUGAAGACUAACAACAUUAUUGCAUGACCAAGUCUUGAGACCUUGGUCUAGAGGUUCAAUGCAUUAGCUUCUAUAGCACUCUAUAGUCUACAUUGCAGAUGUAAACUAACUCCAGUUAGUAAUGUCUGCGUAGCAGCGCAAAGAUCCUUGUUCUCGGCCCCUUACAGAUUCAACAAAUUGCUGGCAGUGCAUUUCAAAUUUCCUUUCAACCUGAUUGGCAAAUCAACAAUAGCUUUUUCAACAGGCCAAUUAUGGUGAAUACUCAAAUCCUGGUACACUGGUGAGGGCCCAGAACAAGGAUUUUGGUGCAAGUUUGUAGAUGGCCGUAACCAGAGUUUAGUUUCGUUUGUGGCGCACGCUACACACUCCUAUAAACUGACCUUAAGCAGCUGCUAUUUAAAGUAACACAGUUUACCGUACCUUACCCAUCAUAUAUGUACUUCUGUUAACCAGACCUCACAGUGGCAGAUUCAGAUCAUCAAGUAAGAGAGGAGCCUGCACAUCCAGACCAAGAAAAGAGGGGGGGGGGCAGGCUCAAGGAUAAUUUUUCUCAGCCCUACAGGCUUCAGUGUGGCUUAAAAAUAAAGCUCACCAGUUGCUACUAGACUCAAUUGUAGGACCUAUUACCAAAGGAAACUCAUUGGCUUUAACAAGCCAUUUUCAAGUUUUAAAAAUACUCAUUUCAUUAUAAGGCCAAGUGCAACUUAAGAACCUUUCAUAUGAAAAUGAGUGAGCAUUUGAAUGAGAAUGAGGAGCUAUUUCCUUAUCAGACAUUUCUUACUUACUCUCAUUUUGAUAAAGCAGGCCUGAGAAAAGAGCCGAUAUUUUGCAAUUCCACCAAUGGUUUCCCCGUAAAAUGGUGUCUGAGGAACUAAUGCUGAAAUUCAAUACUGAUGGCGUGUCACUUACCCAGAUCUGGGUAGUGACAUUUCAGUACUUGUACCUCAUCUUUUCAUGUGGAAUCUGUUGGUAGCAUCUUUAAAACACGGCUGUUUUCUCAGGCCAUUAUAAGGGGGCUUGAGGAUACUUGGAAAUGGCCUACUCUAGAGUACUUUUGGUGCCUCUCUGGCCAGUUAGCAUGGGUAUGAACAGUUAGAAUAUAAUCAAACAAGAUAACAAGGAGAUAAGAAGGGCUGCCAAUGGUUAACUGACAAUACAUUGAGUUCACAGGAGUGAAAAUUACGCCAGAAAGUUUGAUUUUAUAAUUUUUUUCAGGUCCUUCCAAGUGAGGCCCAAGCAUUAAUCAAUGGAAUCACCAAAGAUCCCUCACCUUUCUAUUCAAAAGGAAUUGCUAUUAAUAGAACAAAGUAUGUAUUUGUUAGGUCAGAACCUGGACACGCUAUCUAUUGUCGCAAAGGCAAUGAAGGUGCUGUAGCAGUCAAGACCAACAAGUGUCUCCUGAUUGGUGGAUAUUCAGAGGGAAUGCAAGCAGGCUGUUGUGGCUCAGUUAUAGAGAAGUUAGCGGACUAUUUCAUUGUAAAUGGAUACUGAAUUGAUGAUCAAUGAUGAACUGAUGGUUCAAGAGUGAAUUGGUGUAAGGAUGUAAUAUAGGCUUAACCUCACUGACGAUUUUCCUCCAGGUGUCGUAAUGGCUACCUGUAAACAAUGUACUGGUAUGAAAUAUGUAUGCAUUUUCUCUGUUACGUCACUGUUUUUGAACUCUAUAGCAAGGAAACAAGAUUUAUCAGCAACAAGGAUGAAAAUGUCUAUUUUCAUAGAUAUUAAAUGGAUC